AUGAUAAUUUAAAGGUUACAGUUGAUGGAUCUAUAUAAUUUUCUAAAACUUAUAGUUAUUACUCCUCCCUGCCUAAUUUAUGUGGAGCAACUAAUUUCAAUGAUGAGGUAGAUUAUAUAAAUUUUGAAUUUUUACACAUCAAUAAUAAAGCUGAUAUUGAAAUUUUUGUAAUAGAUAAUGGAGAUAAUGAUGUAAUAAUAAUCUAAAAUGAUAGGAAUUUUGGGGGAUUUAGAAUUUUGAAAUAAGUUUGUAUCAGUGUAGCAAUAAUUGUAUUUCUUGUAACUUAGCAUGUUUAUAAUGUAAAAUAGGAUAUCAAGCAAUAAAUGGAUAAUGUGAAGAGUACUGUGGUGAUUCAUACGCUACAUCUAAUGAGGAAUGUGAUGACGGAAACUUAAUUUAAUUUGAUGGAUGCUAUGAAUGCAAGUAUCAAUGUAUUAAAGGCUGCAAUAUAUGUGACAAAGGAAACUGCUUAUUAAAAUGUGAAAUUGGGUUUUCUUUUGAUGGCGAGAAAUGCUUAUCUAUUUGUGGAGAUUCUUAUAUUACACAUUUAGAAGAAUGUGAUGAUGGGAACCAACUUAAAAACGAUGGAUGUUAUAAUUGCAUGA